AUGAAUAAAAGUAUGGGGAAGAAGUGCGGGCCAUUCUUCCUCGAGCGCACGGUAGCCGGGUCUGAGGCAAUCAAGGCGUAUUUUUCAGAUUUCAGGGUCCGUGUGAUCGCGCAGGAUUCGCGAUAUAAAGAUCUGAAUCCCUUGAACACCAGAUCCAAACGCAUCCUGACGAGUGCUACCUGGCAGGACCUUCUGGAGCCUUCAGAUUCCAUGGAUAUGUUCAGCAGCGAGCCAGAUUACAUUAAUGAAGUCUGGCAAAAUAACCCAAAGGCGCCGGAGGCAAGCAGGCUUGCUGAGCCUGAGCAAGAGCGCACCAUGUAUGUGAAUAUUGCAAUCAGGAACACUUCGGUGUCCAUCAACAACAAGGACAAGGCCUUCUUUGAGUCGAGUGUGUUGAGUUGUGCACUGAUACCUGGCUGCCUGGAGUCCCAGCUCGAGGAUUCUCUGCUUGUGUGUCUGGAAAACGGGACGAUGUUACUGCUGCGCGUUUUCGUUUCUGGAGGACAUUUCGAGCCAAUUGUUGUUCAGAAGCUUCGAACCAGCAGUUUAGGGCCGUACGAGAAGACGAGCGUGAUUGGAUACAAAGUGACGGUCCACAAGACAGGUAAGAUGGUGGCAAUUGCUGCCUUUUCCAAGGUGAUACGAAUAAUGCACAUAGAAUAUGACUCGCGCGGUGUUCUAUCUUUUGGAUCGUCGCAAAACAUGAUAAUUGGAGGAGCGCUUGUGGACACAGUGUUUCUGGAGCCAUUGGAGCCAGUGGACAAGGAGUACAUGAUCUUAGUCAACCUAAUAUCAACAGACGAAAAUAUUAUGAGACUGGAAUACAACGAGUUUUACCAAUACGAUAAUCCUUUGAAUAGUAUCAAGACUCAUCCAAUAUUGCUGUGGAACUUGGAGGAAGUACCGUAUUUUCUGAUCCCCACAAGAAAAACGCAGUGUCUUCUCCAAGUCCAGGAGACCAAGUGCGUUGUGCACGGUAUACAUUAUAUGCUUUCACGGGACGAGGCAGAUGUUACUGAACAGGCUCUUCCGAUGGUUGGUGGAAAAUAUAUCAAGCCAAAUUCGUACUAUAUUCCCCAGUAUCCUAUAACGUGCUUCCCAUGCGAGGACUACGAGGAAGAACUUUACGACCAGAUCCUUCUAUCAACGGACGUCUCUCUUUGGUUACUGGAAAUAUUUGGGUCUUCGCGCAGACGAGACCGUAGAAUCCGCUUCAGCGAGAUGUUUGUUCAGCCAUCUGUGUUCAGUCAUUUCUGCCUGGAAGAGAUUGCCGCAAAACAGUAUUCUCUGACAUAUUUUAACGAGCGAGGGUCCGCUGAAUAUAAAAUCAUAGACCUUGUUCCGCGUUCUAAUGGCGCAGCGUUCAAGAUGAAGGUUAUCGAGGACAAGGGAAGUCUAAUGAACUGGUUUCCGACCUUUGACUACAAGGUGAUACCGGCACAGCGAUCCAAGCUGGUCAACGCAACGUCUAGCGAGGAACUAUGGUGUGUUGGCCGAUGCGAGUCGCGAGGUGCCUUGUUCAGCAUGCACAAAGGUUACCGAGCUGAGAAAUCUAUUCCUGAAACUCGGUUCAGGGACGUGACCCACAUAUAUGGGUUUGAGCUCCGUGGCCAGCCGCAUUUUGUACUUUCCAGCUUCCAAGAGUCAUGGGUGAUUGCUUUCAUUAACGACGACGACUCAGGGGAUAUUACAGAACUGUCUCAAUUCAGAAGUGGCCAGCGCACUAUUUAUUUUGGCAUGCUACCAGACGGCAGGUUUAUCCAGAUAUUUGAACAUGGAUGGAGACUUGGCACAUUUCAGUCGAGUGACUUUUUGACCACUUAUGUUCACGAAAGAAUAAUACUGAGUGCGGUCUGGCAGAACAUAGUAGUGCUGGCUUACGAGUACGGUGAUGAGACAAUCCAGGUCAACAUCGAAGCAUUCACUGUGUCCGGGACGUCUCUAGCUAUUAGCCCAGGCAUCAUUGGGAUCCAGCCAUCUUUGAUGAAAUUUAUCACUAGACACAAACAGCCGUACUUGGCAAUCGGAACCUAUUCCAAUCAAAUCCACUUUUAUCGGCUGGAGGACCAUCGGCUCCUGCUCGCUGACACCCUUGACCUCUCGGAUCGUAUCGACGAUUUUGUGACUCCACACGAUAUAGUGUACACCGAGCACCACUCUCUCUUGACAUCAAAGGAUGGAAGUCUUCUGCUUUACGAGAACGACAAAUUUCUUGCAUCACUAAAAAUAGGCGAACUACCAGCUAGCAUUCUCCAACAGAGUGAAGGUAAGUUCUUUAUCGUCACUAAAACGUUGUGGAAGCUUGACCUGUCUAAAUCGUGCUAUCCUGAGAGGAUAUGGGUUGCAGAGACCGUUGAUAGAGGGUGUCAGGCGGCCGUGCUUGUUCCAAUGGCACACGACGAUCUGCUUCCACAAUACGAAGAAGAUCAGCUUCUUGCUAUUCGCGACGACGGUCUGUGCAGUCUGUUUGUGUCCCGUACAAUCGACUGGAGCAUCAAAAAAGUCAAGCUUGGCUCUACUCCGUUGAAAAUGAUGUACUACGAAUACCAUAACGUCUUUGUCGUGCUGGUAGCUGGCCCCGAUAAGCUUCUUUUCGUUGACCACAAAACCAAAAGAGUGCUUGCAGCAGACCAGGAAGAACAGGUCCUGGCCGAACACGAGCAGCCCCUAUCCAUAUCGGAAUGGCAUGUGAAAUCUCGCAGAGUGGAAGACUACACGCAUAAACACCUGCUCGUUGGAUGCGUUGAUAAAAGAGACGGCUCGGGGCUGGUCAAAAUCAUUGAGCUCAAGAAAGUCAAAGACGUGGUCUUACUAAAAGUCUUGUACUCGUGGACCCAAUCCUCACCAGUUGCAGCGGUAGCACAACUUCCAGACUCCGUUAUCAUUUAUUCUGAUCGCAACUCUGUGCGUCUUAGAAAAUACAAGCCUCUGGAAAGCAAACUCAGCGAUACCUUUGGCCAGCAGUCGUUUCCAUCCGAGGUUAAAGAGAUCAAUUGCGUUGGUAACCAUGUCGCUGUGGUGACCGCCAAAGACUCGGUGUACACUUAUCAUUACCUUAAAGAGCCUAAUGGAUCACUUUCGCCUCACCUAAGUGACCCUGUUAGUCGGGAUCUCAUGGGCCACUGCAUUAUAAAAGAUCCCUAUAUCAUCGCCGCAGACAGGCAGCGGCAGACAAUAUUGGUGAUUCCAAAUAACACGGACUACUACGCUAGCCUUACGACACAAAAGGUUUUUGAAUGGAAUACGCCAUUCAUUCCACGUCUGCACGAGUGCGAGUUCAAGCCGUUAUGGAGUGUUCCCCGAGAUAACACCAAAUUUCUGGCCAUGGGACUCAAUGGAGAAAUUCGAAUAUACUACGAAAUUCCUGAACACACUUUCGAUAAGAUCUGCGAACUCAAGGCCCAACAAGCACGGAAAAAUAAAGAGCAAUCACCAUUGCUAUUAAGUGACAUUCCAUCUCUAUACCCAGAAAAUUCUCCGAUUGUCAAUGUGGACUCGAUUACUGAUAAAUAUGGGGAAAUAGGCGACUUCGAGCUCGACACACUGAUUCAUAGCACAAUAAUAUAA